AUCACACCUUGAUCUGCUACAACCAUCAUGGGGAAUGAUGGAGGCAGCAUUCCAGACAGACGCGACCUCGUAAAGAACAAAAAGAAGGCAGAACAAGCAGACAAGGCGAAUCAGACUCGUGCUGUAUGGUUUUUCUGUGCUCUUUCAAAGCGUCCCUUGCAAGAACCUAUUGUGUCUUGUGCUCUGGGAAAAUUGUAUAACAAGGACGCCAUAAUCGAACAUCUACUCGAUAAGACUGCCUAUGGAGAUGCGGAGAAGAUAUGUGGGCACAUACGUUCGUUGAAGGACAUCAAAGUCCUCAAACUAACUCUAAGAUCUCCACCCCCUCCGCCCGACUCAUCUGCUGACGUCGCCAAGUUUGUGUGCCCGCUCACGUUCAAGGAGAUGAACGGCGGACAACCCUUCGUUUACAUCUCGACUUGUGGGUGUGUCUUCUCUCAGUCUGGUCUGCGUACCGUCCUCGGUUCAUCACCUCCGAACGGAAACGUGGCGGCUGAAGAAAGUCCAGCCAACAAGGACGAACAGCUAGAAGUCUGUCCACAAUGCGCCACCAAAUUCUCCAAGUCGUCUGACAUUUUUGUGAUAAAUCCACCCUUGGAAGAGGAGGAACGCAUGUACGCUGCGAUGGAGCUUCGUCGCUCAAAAGAGCCUGUGAAGAAGUCCAAGAAGCGCAAGGCUGGUGCAGAUGCUGUCGCUGACGAGGUCGCUACCAAGAAGAAGAAAGAAUCUCCAGAAGGCCACUCACCUUCUCCGGCACCGGGUCUGAACCCGAAGAUAUCUGCAGCUUCGCGAUCUCUUGCUCAGAGUCUUGCUGUGGAAGAGGCGAAGAGAAAAGCUGGCAUGAGCGAUGCAGUUAAGUCGCUAUAUCGGGACAAGAACGACGCUCCUAGGAAGGAAACAUUUAUGACUAUGGGUACUUUUACGAGAUAUGCGUAAAUAUCAACUUUUACCGGGUGUGGCUCCUAGACGUAGCGUAUGGGGUGAUCGCCCACGUUUGCCACCUCCAGUGUCCACCGUGAUGGUUAUUAAAUGGAAGCACGUGUCUUGUCAUAUGAUGUCCCACAUGUAAAGGCAAGACUUGUUCACUAACCAAGGUCCAACUCGCUGCUAAUCAUCAUGGUGAAUUCAAGAGUUUCAAGCAUCGUAGCCAUGGUUAAAUAUUGCGGAUAUCUCGUGCGAGACGACUGGUUGUUUCAGCGAGCCGUUGAUAUUGGACAUCCGCCCCCCGUGACCACAGGAGACAG